UGGGCUCCCCUUUAUGUGCAGCUGGAAGCAGGCUGAUGCUGGGCUACCCAAGUGAUCCGUGGAAAACAAAACCAUGUGGCCGUUCUGGGGCCUGGACCUGAACCGAGCCCGCUGCGACCUGCUCUUUACGGAGGCCAUCAAUCAAAGCAUGCGGGUGCCCAACAGGCUGAAGGUGGCAGAAAGCUUCAGCCCCGUCGAGGAGGAGCCAACGAGCGAGGAUGUCCCUCCUUCCUUUCGGAUGCACAUCCCAGAUAGGAUCUCGCUUGCAGACAUGACGGAUGCUGCUCUGAGGCCCAUCCUGCUAGACCAGCAAAGGAAGGUCCCCUCUGUUGUGGUGCACGAGUCCCCGGACUCCUCUGCGUACCCCGCGGCGCCCGGGGAGUUCCCUUUUCUGCACGUAGGCACCAGAUCAAGCUCCCAGAAGCGCAAACGAUCGGGCCAGCACAGCAGCAGGUCGCGGCGGGAGAGGACCCCGAGUGAGUGUGCCCAGCUGGCUGUGCCCAGCGCGGGCCAGCGCCACGAGCGCUCCCCGGAGCCAGGCGCAGCCUCCGAUUGCUCCCUGGAGGAGGUUAGCACGGCUGAGAUGGCAGCAAUGAGAAAACAGUUGCUGAGGAUCUCGGGGAGGCUCCGGGUGCUGGAGGAGCAGUGCAGCAGCUGGCGCCAGAAGGAGACUCUGGUCUAUUCGGUGCUCAUCUCUGCCUGCCUCAUCAACACGUGGCUCUGGCUGAGGAGAUGAAGACUUGCUGCACCCUGGCUCUCCCUCCCCAACCUGGCAGGGUGGGUGAGAGCAGGGACAGAAUCCUUCCUCAGAUACUUGUGAACAGUAAAACUGUGUGUUUUUUCUCCUUAACUUGAUCAGUUUGGGGCACUGUAGGUCCUUGAGGAUUUGUGUUCCUUAGGCCUUGAUUACAAUGUGAAUGGAAUCCUUCUCUCACACUCCAGCAUCAGAGGCAGAGGAGAUGAAAAGGACGAAUCUGGACCUUGUGCCAGCACACUUGGAGACACGGAUUAGGGAAAGGUGGGGAAUGAAUACAGCCCAACAGGGAUAGUGCCAGGGCUGAGCUAUGACUGUAAACGCUCUGUGAAUCCUARCAGUCAUGUUGCCUGUUUGAUGGAGUCAAUCCUUGUCUUUGGAGGUGCUGRGAAGGUCUCAUGAGAAUAGGUGGUGAUGCAGUAAGUGUCUCUAGUGCAUGGAGCAUGAGACACGCUCUGCCCCUUAGGCUGUCUGCCAGAGAAGAUGCAAAACUAAGGUGCUGAGUGGACAUCAGAUCCUGCUAUGGUUUUGGACAUUAGUGGACCUGGCCACCUUCCCAGGAUCUCCUCAUCCCAUCUUGGACAACUCAGUCCUGACUCCAAAAAUUCCUCACCCAAUUAUAGCAGCCUUUUCCUCAUCUUUAUCUCUCGAAGUCUGUACAAAGUAGUUGUGCAUUUUUAUACUGCUAAUACAUGAUGUUUUCUUCACUGAGCAACUAUUCUUAAGUGGAUAUAGUACUGCUAAUUCUCCUGUGCCAAGAUAGGCCCUGCUUUAGGAUGGCUGAAUUGGGUGGAGGUGGGAGCUCCCAUCCCUCCAGCUGCUGUUUUGCCACCGUCUUCUUGGCUCCCAUCCUGUUGGAUGCAGUUCAGCAAAGGGUUUUCCAGCGCUGAGGUCCAAAGUGACUCUAAGAGUGAGGUCUGGGCUUAUCCAGGAGUUUGGCCAUUUCUCAGUAAGAUUUAAACAAAAAYCUUCCCCAUGGUGACUCUUUGGAUAACAAGACCUCAUAACAACAUUAAUAGCACUAGACAGGCUCUGGAAAAUUGCCYGCUUGGGCAGCAAUAUAAAUUUAUUUGGUUGCCAAUGCUGGAGGCCGAGACUGCUCCCAGAGUGGCUGCCAAACUGUGACUUCAGCAAGGGCACAAUGACCCAGGAGGGGGGAAUUCUUGACCCAGGUGUUCUUUAGCUAGUGACCAGCCCAAUUCAGAGGCUUGGCUCUUUCUUUGCUCCCUUGGAAUUAACCCCCUUGGAUCUGUGCUGCCUGGGUCCCUCGUGCCUGGCGGGACCAGCUCAGCAGCAGUCACGUUUCCUCCACAACCUCCCMACCAGCGUGGGGUCAGGUGGGUGAGAACUGAGAUUGCUGAUACCACCCCAAAGCCACAAGCUCUUGAGAGACCUGCAUGACGACCAGGCCCAUACUCACCCUUGGGAUGUAACGGGACAAGGUAGGACUGGAGGACAGGAACUGACACGUGGAAACUGGUGUGCCUGGGGACCAAGGCGUGCUUUGUGCCCACACUGGGAGGUGAUGCUUGAGAUUCCAAGGCUGCAAUGAGAUGACUAUGAAAGGCUUUUGGUGGUUUAUCCAGAACGCCUGCUGGAGUUGUGCCUGCAGGCUUGGGGUCAGCUCUUGGCAAUGCUUUAACAGGACCGUUUUGUUCCACCUAUGAAUAAUUAUACCGGAGCAGCAGGACAUCCGGGUAUGCCAAUUGUUUGUUUACAGACAUGGAUGCUUAAGUGUUUUGUGCCUGCAGCUGCACCUGCUAUUUGGGCCUGUAAAUCUGGCAGCCAGACAUUUGCCAAUAAAUAACUGUCCCGCAAGUAAUUGCAGGUCUGAGCCUGUGGCCAGCACCGGAGCUGAGGAGAGAGGUAAGAUUUAUUGUGGAGAAGAGCCCGGAUCUGGUGGUUGGGCUGGCUCAGGGUGUACAUGGGGGUGUGUGAGCGCUGCUCCCGAGGUGGUUCCCGUGGCUAAGGGCUGUGGUCAGGGCUUCCAGGGGCCCUCUUGCAAAUUCAUAUACAAGUUCUGGCUGCUUCUCUUCUGGAGUGUGAUUUGCUGGGCUCAURCUCCAACUCACCAGGUUUUCUGGAGGGGCAGGACAGGGCAAUAGUCCAUUUUGCCACCUCUUGUUCUCUCUUCAUACAUGUGAUUUGAAGAGGGAGUUGCCACAGCCUCUGAGAGAGUCUUGCCAGGCAGCCUCGUUGUUUGGAAAGUACUUAUUUGGCGCUUCCUCUUUUCUGAGGACUGAAAAUAUGCUCUUGAAGAAAUAUUUUUUUUUUCCCUGAAGCUGUAGUCUAGGGUGAGAAGGACACAACACCUUCAAAAUGUGCACUGAAGACAUCUGG